AAAGUUGGUUAACUAACCGUCCUAUAAGAGAUCGGUAUCAGUGAGAUUUUUGGUGAGAGUUUAUUAUUACAUAGUGAUGGUGAUGAUUUAUAGAUGAAAGAUAGCAACAUGAAGCAAGUGCAACUUUUAACCGUCCCAGUGCUUUUAACCAUACUGUCUACAGCAUUCAGCUACAGACUGCCAACUAUCUACAGCCCAAGUUUGUACACCAUACACCUAGUAGUGCCUCCAGAAGUAUUUACAACAGAAAAUGCUACAAGUUACACUGGAAACGUUUCAAUCGCGUUUACUACGUCAGAAAAUGUAUCUCAAGUUGUUUUACACGCCAGUGCAGAGUUCGUUAAUAUUACAUCGUGUAAUUUGGUAGAUGGUAGUGGUACUUCUGCAGCGACUAAUAUUAGUAGGAAUAGUACCACUGAUUUGGUUAAUGUUACGUUUGAUGCUACUUUGGCAGCUGGAAAUGGUUAUACUUUGGAACUCGUUUUUACUGGUAAACUUAGUACUAAGGACAUGUACGGCUUCUAUAAAAGUAGCUACCAGGAAGGUAAUGCAACUUCCUACCUAGUGACCACUCAAAUGGAACCGAUGCAUGCCAGAAGAGCCUUCCCGUGCUUUGACGAGCCACAGUACAAAGCUAAUUUCAGUAUAUCGCUGACUUAUCCUUCGGGGCUUAGUGCUUUGGGAAACAUGGCUGGAACUGAUACUAACAACACUACCACCAAUACUACGACAACAGUUUUCAAUACUACUCCUUCAAUGCCAACGUAUUUAGUGGCCUUCAUUAUCUCAGAUUUCACAUGUACCUCUGGCAACGAUAUAGAAGGGACCCUACCCUAUCAAGUAUGCUCAAGAAACGAAACUUCGGAUACAAGAGGCCUGGCUGUAGAAGUUGCACCGUUGUCCAUUGACCACCUUAAUACAUAUUUAGGACUCAAUUACAGCGAAAAUAUGGAAAAACUUGACCAAGUAGCUAUUCCAGAUUUUUCUGCAGGCGCCAUGGAAAAUUGGGGUCUAAUCACUUACAGGGAAAGGGGUUUACUUUUUGACGAAAACGAAACGUCAAACGCUUACCAGCAAUACAUAGCGUCCGUUAUAUCACACGAAUUGGCCCAUCAAUGGUUCGGAAAUUUGGUUACUUGCAAAUGGUGGUCUGAAAUUUUCUUGAACGAGGGUUUUGCUACAUUUUUUGAAUAUUUUAUCACUCAUGAGAUCUAUCCUCAAUUCGAAAUGGACAAUCAAUUCGUAUUAAAAACUCUGCAAUACAUAUUCGAAGAAGACAGUUCAAGUACGGAAGCUUUACGUAAUCAUGCUUCUAGUCAAAGUGAAAUUACAGCCAGAUUUGGUGGCAUUACCUACGAUAAAGGUGGCAGUGUAUUGAGAAUGGUCCAACAUAUUUUGGGUACUGAUGAUUGGAUAGCCAAAUUGAAUGUUUACUUGAAUACAUUUGCUCAUUCUUCAGCAGAACCAGAAGAUCUUUGGCGAAUAUUAGGUACAAAUCUUACUGACUUACCAGCAGAUAAUUUAACUGUGAUUAUGGAAAAUUGGAUCGACACGCCAGGUUAUCCAGUCGUACAUGCUAGUCUUAAUCAAACUCAAUUGACAUUGACUCAAGAAAGAUUUGUCUUAAGUAACAAAACAAGCAAAAACAAUACCUGGUAUGUGCCAUUAACCUACACGACCUCAGAAAACACAUCACAUUUUCAAAACACUACUCCAGUAGCCUGGUUAACUCCAAAUUCUAGCCUCAACUUGACUGUUAGCUCCAAUUUAUCCUGGAUUGUUCUAAACAAUCUCCAAACUGGCUAUUACAGAGUAAACUAUGACUCUAACCUGUGGUUAAAGCUGGCAACUGCUCUACAACAAACCAACUUCUCUGGUAUACCGGAAAUCAAUAGAGCUCAAAUCGUUAAUGACGCUUUCAAUUUGGCUAGAGCAGGCCAUAUAACUUACACACAACUUUUUAAUAUUGUGGCUUUCUUAUCUCAAGAAACAUCUUAUACUGUUUGGUAUCCAGCUUUCAGUGGCUUCAGUUACUUGCUAAAACGUAUCGGAAUAAAUUCUACCUUGGGAGCAGCAAUUUCGGAGCAUGUUUUGAAUCUCACCAGUACGGUUGUGGCUUCAGUACCAAUUACCAGUACUAAUUCAUCGAAUCACAUUUACACUUUGAAUCAAGUUCAAGCUCAAAGCUGGGCUUGCAAGCUUGGAAGUUCAAAUUGUACUUCUGAGGCAGUACGGUUAUUCGAAGCCUUUAAAAAUACUAGUACCAGGCCGGAUAAGAAUUUGAGAUCCAUUGUAUAUUGUUACGGUUUGAAAUAUAGUUCGGACGUCUCGAGUGAUUGGGCUACUUUGUGGAACGCUUAUCUGAGUACUUCCCUAUCGACUGAGCAAGUGACCAUUUUAUCUGCCCUCGGUUGUUCGGAAAAUGAAACUAUUUUGAAUUCAUACUUGAGCAAGACUUUGUCAGGUGACAGUGGUAUUAGGUCCCAAGAUUAUGCAUUAGUAUUUGCAGCAGUUUACAGCAGCAGCACUGCAGGCGUGAGCAUUGCUUUGGACUUUUUAGACAAUAAUUAUGAUCAUAUAAUUGCACGCUAUACGAGCUUGAAUGGAGUUGGUAACAUCAUCAAAGGCAUUGCCGAACAAAUUACAACAAGUGAACAAUUAGCCAAGCUCGAAAAUCUGAUAAAAGGCGGUAAACUGAACAGCACGGUACUAGAGUUGGCAAAUGCAGCUCUAUCUUCGGCUCACAACAACGAACAAUGGGUGGACACUCACAAGAGCAGUCUCUACACUUAUUACGGCCUACCCGAUGACUCUAACUCCAAUGCUACUACCUUAGCGCCAUCUACGACUACGCAAUCUGGUGCUUUCAAAUCUUCCUUGACCUUAGGGUUGGUUUUCUUGUGGGUUUUGUUGAAAAUGUUCUAGGAUUAUAUUGAAUUAGAAUAAGAACCAACUGUAAAUAAAAAGUGAGGUACCAAAAUUUGAAAAACUAAAUGUUAUUUUAUAAUUUUGUAAUGUUUUAAAUAUUUUGUUAGUACUUAUUCUUUGUUAAGUGUGGUGUUAUUCUAUACUUCCUAAAAGUUACAACUGAUGCUGACAUUAUUGACACUUUUUUUCGCCUUUCAAUAUUUUUUCUUACCAAUUUCAUGGUUUUAUUCAAGCGUCUCUUCAACCCCCUUGGAGUUGAAGCUGACUGAUCCUGUACCUUCAUAAAGAGAAAAGUCUCUGAAGAAUUUUUAAUGGGCGAUGAUAAAGAUGCUGGCAAAAACCCAUGUUUGCCUCGUUAGAUGGGGUUGGAAUGGUAUUGUCGCGAAGAAUUUCUAAUGCCUUACCUAAGAGAAACACCGUUGUUACCAACUACCCCUCUAUUGUUGAUAUGACGGACGGUUUUGUGAAUUUCAUAAAAGACCAGCUUCCCAAAAUACAUUAAAGGCAUUCAAGAUAUUCACAUUAUCCAAAUAAGAUCCCAGAAAUGUUAAGACUUUUGUUAAGGUGCUGGUAACUGAGUAAUAAAUAGUAUUGAUUUAU